GACGGAGGCGGAAGUGGGCCGGCCUCGGCGGCCAUUUUGCCGUGAGACAGCAGGAGUUAGGCGCGAUGCUUUCUACUGCCGCUUACCCGGACCGGGACCGAGAGCUGGGAAUGGGGCCUCACGGCUCCGCCGGCCCUGUGCAGCAGCGUUUUUCGCCUUAUGCCUUCAACGGAGGUACUGUAUUGGCAAUUGCUGGAGAAGAUUUUUCCAUCGUUGCUUCAGACACUCGGUUGAGUGAAGGAUUUUCAAUUCAUACCCGAGAUAGCCCCAAGUGUUACAAACUAACAGACAAAACAGUCAUUGGCUGCAGUGGUUUUCAUGGAGAUUGUCUCACGUUGACAAAGAUUAUUGAAGCAAGAUUAAAGAUGUACAAGCAUUCCAAUAACAAGGCCAUGACAACGGGGGCAAUUGCGGCAAUGCUGUCUACCAUCCUAUACUCACGGCGCUUCUUCCCUUACUAUGUUUACAACAUCAUUGGAGGACUUGAUGAAGAAGGAAAGGGAGCUGUGUACAGCUUUGACCCAGUAGGCUCUUACCAGAGAGACUCUUUCAAGGCGGGAGGCUCAGCAAGUGCCAUGCUACAGCCUCUGCUCGACAACCAGGUUGGUUUCAAAAAUAUGCAGAACGUGGAGCAUGUGCCCCUAACUCUGGACAAAGCCAUGAGGCUGGUGAAAGAUGUCUUCAUUUCUGCUGCUGAGAGGGAUGUGUAUACUGGAGAUGCCCUCAGGAUCUGCAUCGUGACCAAAGAGGGCAUCAGGGAGGAGACGGUGCCCCUGCGGAAAGACUGAUGUGUGGGUCAUAUAUUGGAGCUGUGGCACAAGUUUGUUUUAUUAAAAAGAAAUGUAAAGUA